AUGAACUGUGGCCAUUUACAGAAACGUAAAAGCAGGUGGGCCGCCGCAACGCACGCCGUUAACUCGACAGUGAGUCUCUCGUUCAUGUUUUGUGUGGUUGUUAACGGUGCCAGAAACCUUGAUGAGCUAGAGCACCGGUGUCGCGCGUUGCAGAAGCUGCUCCAGAAGCUGAAUCCCGACUUGGAUGUUGAGCGUGCUAUUAAAGAGAUAAACCGAGAUGAAACAUUAGCACACAUCAGCAAUAGAGGCAAUAGCAGCUUAACUGACGACAAUCCCACCACACCAGACAGGUUUGACUGGUCCGAGGCCUCCCUGGUCUCGCCGGCAGCAGACACGUACCAGUCCCCAGAACAGGGUCCAGACGGAAUGGCGUCACUGCCGAGCAGUAAAUGCGAUACGGGGUACCUUGGAACUGGCUCGGGAUCGAGUCUGAUGGAGACCAUCUCCCAUUUGCUUCCUGCACAGCCGCCAUCGGCUACGGAAGGGGAACGCAGUACUCAUAGGAGAUCUGUCGGACCUACAAAUAAUGAUCGACCUGAUAACCUGAUGUUGGCAAGGUGGCUCUCUGAUACCGCUACCACGGCUCGUCUCAUUGAUGCUUACUUUCUAUCGUAUAACCGUGCCUAUCCCAUCUUACACGAGCCAACCUUCCGUGAAAGGUACCAGCACAGACAUCAGAUCCACGAGUCCUCCAGCUGGCAUCCAAUCUUUUAUACGGUCUUGGCAAUCGGGAGUUGGAUAAUAGGGGCCGACACGGAGCCGGGCGCUUACGACUUCUACGCUGCGGCUCGAUCGCAUAUGUCGUUACGUAUGCUUGAAGUCGGAAAUGUCCUCACAGUACAGGCGUUCCUGUUAAUGGGUAAUUAUUUGCAGAAGCGCGAUCGUCCUAACACCGGUUACAAUUUCAUUGGCAUGGCAUACCGUAUGGCACUGGGACUCGGUCUGCACCGCGAGCCCCCAUCGGCAACGAAGCAUGACACACUCCUCCAUGAACGGAGAAGAGUCUUGUGGUGGAUUGUAUAUAGCUUUGAUAGCGGUUUUAGUUUGACCACCGGCCGUCCUGUCAUGGCCUCUGAUUCAUUCAUCGAGACUCGACUGCCACGGAACAUAGACGACUCGCAAUGCUCCAUGGACUCAACCGUACCCACGCCAGUUGAUCAUCCUACGCACUACUCCGCUGUUAUCGCCCAAUCCCAGCUUGCGUCUAUUAGCAACCAAGUCUUUCACGAGCUCUUCUCGGCUACCGGCCACGCCGCGUUGGACAUGAAACUUCCGCGAGGCAUCGAACAUCGCCUAAAAGUGUGGAAACUAUCCCUACCCGUCUACUUCUCAACCCAUAGUAUACCAGACUGGUUCCGCGGUCCGAGAGCGGUCGUUCUGUGGAAAGAGCAGAAUGUCCGCAUGCUGCUUUGGUGGGGAAGUCACCGAGUGUGUAGCUCCACGGCAGACCAGAAUGAAGCUCUGAAUGCCUGCGAGUACACCGCGAUGGAGACCAUCCAGAGCAUUAGUGCGUUUUGCAACGAGAACCCUGACGCGUUACAUCCUGGUUUGACUUGGUAUGCGGCAUACUUUCUAUUCCAAGCCGCCCUCGUCCUGAACAUCUUCCGUCUCCAAGAACCUUCAGGUCAAGCACCGGACACAGGAAGAACCACUGAAGAGCUAUGGCUACUGUCAGUUACGCGCGCGCACGAAUGCCUUGGCUCACUAAGUCAAGCGAGUAAACCCGCAUCUCGAUGCCUAGAAGUGUUAGAAAGGAUCAAACACUUCUGCCAGUCACGGCAACCCUCUUCACUGCCAGUGCCAACAUCGGCGACGGGAGCUCUCCCCAACUUUACUUCCAUCACCGGAAAUACUCUUCCCGACCUCCAACCAGCAACCUUUGCGGCAGAUCCCGCGUUGCAAAUCUUUCUGGAAAACACCUCCCUCGAGGCGGACCCGUUUGAAGGAAUCGAGGGCUUUCCGGGCACACAGGAGCUGGAGCUGUUUGAUUAUUUACCCCUAAGCGCCUAUGGACUGGGUGACAACGAGGGGUCGAUGCUUUUCACUUCUGGGACACAUCCGCCACAUACGAAGAUGAACCCAGACACCAGAAACCCAUCAUGUCUGCUCUACGGUGCGUUGGAUGCGCGAUUCGAGGACCGCCCGAUGCCCGUGCUUGACAAUCCGCACGAUGUUAUUGUUCAGAUUGCGUAUACGGUUACGCAAUUCACUAACAAACACAAGGUCCACUUCUGGCUCCACGGCGGAAUCCGCACCUACGUCUCUGAAACCCAGCCCCUGACCAUGGGCCACGAAGCCUCGGGUACAAUCCACGCGGUGGGCUCAGGCGUGACCACUCUCGUGCCCGGCGACAGAGUCGCCAUCGAACCGGGCUACCCGUGUCGACGUUGUGCGCGCUGCAAACUCGGGCGGUACAACCUCUGUCCCGAGAUGAAGUUUGCGGCCGACCCCCCAUUCACCCAUGGCACUCUGACGCGGUAUUUCAAGCUCCCUGCGGAUUUCUGUUACAAGGUCCCGGAUCAGAUCAGCCUGGCGGAUGCUGUGCUCAUGGAGCCGUUGGCGGUGGCUAUCCAUGCGGUGAGGCUGGCGGAUGUGAAGUUGGGGAACCGGGUGGUUGUUUUCGGGGCGGGGACGGUGGGAUUGUUCUGUGCGGCUGUGGCGAGGGAGUUCGGGGCUGGAAUGGUGGUCUCGGUGGAUGUGUUGGAGAAUCGACUGCGUUUUGCGAAGGAGUUUGUUGGGGAUGUGGGACGGACAGCCAUGCCUGAUUUGUCGAGCACUCCGGAGGAGAAUGCCCAGCGCUUGAUUCGUACACAGGGUCUGGGUGAAGGCGCGGAUGUUGUUAUCGAUGCCUCUGGGGCUGAGGCUUCGGUACAGACGGGAGUGUUUUCCUUGCGCAUGGGAGGCACGUAUGUGCAGGCCGGGAUGGGGAAGCGCAAGAUUGAGUUCCCUAUUUCGGAGAUGUGUGAGAGGGAAAUUGUGGCGAAGGGGUGCUUUCGAUAUGGCGCGGGGGAUUUUGAUUUGGGCAUUCACCUGGUUAGUUCGGGGAGGCUGCAGCUGAAGGGCUUGGUCACUAAGAUCUUCCCGUUUGAGGCUGCUCCGGAGGCUUGGGAAACGGCGAAGCGUGGUGAGGGCACUAAAACGUUGAUUGAAGGGCCUAAAGUUUAG